AUGACACGGAAGACAACAAUCCAAGAUAAGGGGAAAGAAUGGCCAAGAGGUCAGUAUUGCAUUUACAAAAAGGGAGCUUGUCCUAAAGGUCUCUCUGAGGGAUAUAUCUUCUUUGAUGACGAAAACCACAAAAACCAGAACAAGAUGGGAGGGACACUUCCAGACGGUAAAUACAAUAAAGAUACAAAUAUAUCGUACUGCUGUCGGACGGAUGGUGACAAAUUGAAGCCUAUCACCCUCCCUGUGAAUAAUCCCUUUUACUUGCUGGCCUACAACACAGCUGAGUGUCAGCAGGUUAAUGGAGCCAUUGCUACAAAGGAGUUUAUACGAUAUGAUACUGAAGACAGUGAGAACAAAGACGAGAUGAAUGGUUCUUACCCUUGUGUGAAAGGGAGGAAGAAAUUGACGAUUACUUACUGUUAUUAUCAAGCCUGUCACUACACCAUGAGCGAGAGGCCUCAGGAGUUCAUGUCACCAUUUUACCGCAGUGAUGGUGGCUACCCGAACUCACAGCUUACAAUGCUGCUUCGGUACCAACACGGCCCAUAACAAUUCCUGUGAAAACAAGUCAACCGACAACUUCAGAAAAGACGAGCAGAGCAGCUACAGCAGCCACAGCAAGUGCCAGUGUAAACUUCACGAUGACAAAAUCAAAAGGUUUGGAGGGCGCUCGCUCGGGUCCAGGAAAGCAUGGUGUCCUAACUGUUACCAUAGUGCUCGUAGUAGUUGCAGUAUUGAUUGUCAUAGCGAUCAGCGUAUACUACAUCAGACGAAAGAGACUGGGGCAAAGAACAAAAAGGAUGGCAAAGCAUCCGGUUCAAGAAAAAGACGAGGAAAGCUUCAAUUAUCGUGAUCUGGAGGAACACGAGUUUACAGGGGAAAUACCAGACAUUUUCCCCAUCAUAACUACCUCUGAACCAACACCGGUCUGAAGUAACUUGUGCAUUUUUAAAGGCAGUUUAGGAGGGUGAAACGUCGGUCAAAAGUAAAACUUGCUAAGAACAAAGCAGAAUUAAACCGCUCUUAAUGCAAUAACUAAUCGCCUGGAAGUUCAUUUCAGCUGGAAUUUGUUUUUAACAAAGAACUCCACGAAAGGAAAAAGUAUUCAAUUCUAUAUUCAAUCUGUAAUAUGGGUUUUCCUCUCUAAUUUUGCUGUUUUUAAUUUCUUGUGAAAGCAUAUGAGAAUAGAGUGGAAUACAAUGAUUACCAAAUUUUUCCCAAAAAAAACCUUUUCUAGAAUUUAUGGCAACUAGAUAUUUGUCAUAUUAUGAAGUGAAGGACUCCUGGAAAUUCUCAAAUCGCAAGGAACUCCAGUUUUGGUUAUUUAUUUAACCUCAAAUGAUUCCUGGAUUUUUAAAGGCUUCUGUUUAUUUUUCUCCUGGUCUGAUUAAAUAUUAACAACCUUUUUUUAUUACGCUAGGAUCAGUUAUUGUACCUACAGAUGACGUCAAAACAGUGACGUCACUACCGCCUUUGUUUCCCACUCGUAUGUCUCCAU